AUGGCGGAUCUCACUUCCGCAGCACCGGCACCAGUCAACACGGAGCAAAUCCUGGAAAACCUGUCAGCAAACAUCGCAGAGUUUUCUUUCGAUCCUGACAACGACGUGACCUUCGGAAGCUGGUUCCAGCGCUACGAGAGCCUUUUCGAGGAGGAUGCGGGUAAGCUGGACGAUGCUGCCAAGGUGCGACUCCUGCUGAGGAAGCUGGACACGCCGUCUCACAGUCGUUACGUAAACUACAUCCUUCCAACGCUGCCGAAGGAUGUGUCGUUUGCUGAUACCAUAGCAACGCUGAAGAAAAUUUUCGGUGCCCAAACUUCAACUUUCAACAAGCGCUACCGAUGUCUACAAUUGACCAAAUCCGAUGCCGACGACAUCAUCGCUUACGGAGGGAAGGUCAACCGUGCGUGUGAGGACUUCGACUUCAAAAAGCUGAAAAUUGAGCAGUUCAAGUGUUUGAUUUUUGUCUGCGGACUUCAAGCUCCGCACUAUGCAGACAUUCGUGCCAGACUUCUCUCACGCAUCGAAGCCGAAACCGCGGGCAACCCGGUAAGCCUCCAGACACUCAUCGACGAAUUUCAACGCUACGCCAACCUCAAGGCGGACACCACGCUGAUUGGACGACCAUCAAGUUCAGCACAAGCGGUUCACGCGGUCCAGGAGGGCCUAAAAGCAGACCAUCGUGCUCAGCGCUCAUCAAGAAAGGACUCCAAAACGCCUCCUUAUCCCUGCUGGAAAUGCGGUCAGAUGCACUUCGUCCGCAACUGCCCUUUUUCGGAACACGUGUGCCAUACCUGCAAUCGCGUUGGCCACAAAGAGGGGUAUUGCAGGUGUGUGUCCAGAACUUCGAGCGCGUCCACAUCCACCAGCAGCUCCUCGUCCGAGCAGGACGAGCAUCCAGUCAAGUUGAAGAAAGCGCCCAAGAAGCAGCCCAAGGUCAACUCCAGAGGUGUCUUCGUGGUGAACCACAUCGCUUCCAGACCAAGUUCAAUGCAACAUCAAGAGCUCCAGCUUAAUCACGAACCAUCUCCGUCCACGGCCAAGCAGAGUCUCAAGCCCGGGGACAUUGUCUUCACUCGGGUUCAUCGAGGAAACUCCCGGCGGUGGAGGUCAGCAAAGGUCGUCGAACGAGUCGGAGACGAAACUUACAACGUUUUUCUCGAGGACUGCCGUCGCGUGGUCCGGCGUUCCGUUGCGAAGUUGAAGACUCAAAGCCCGAAGAACCUUCCACCAGCCCAGCUGUCUCCUCUUACCAUCUUGUUGGAGGAUUUCGGACUGUCUGCUCCUACAGUACCUACCGCUACCACACCCAAACUGGACGACGAGAUGACCGAAUCUGCCGAUCACUCAAGCGACGAAGCUGAAGAAGUUGUUCCAUCGCAGUCGGCGACCGGAUAUCUCCUGCGACUCUUUCGCUUCAAUCCACUCCGUACAGGAUGGCUUAAGGGGAGAUGUUACAUCCAAGUAGGCCGUUCUGUUUGCGGAACGUCUGAGUCGUGUCGCAGGAGUACGAUUCCGGAACCGCAUAGGACCAACAUCGGCACCGAGCUGAGAUUUCUUCCGACCGCUGGCGGGGCCUUGAACGCCGCUAUGGACUACGACAAGACCGUAGAAGCAAUGGAUACGCAAGCUCUAUAA